UCUUUGUACAGUACAAUGACAGUUCCCUGAUUGUUGAGACGAUGUUUUUAGACGUUUUACUGGUUGGCUUCCCGACGCCAAUUUAUGAGACCACUUUAUACUAAAUUCUAUUUUAAUAGGCGCAGUGGUUUAUUAAAGCUUUUCCGGACCUGGUUGCGAACAGAAACUUACAUUUUGUAAAAUGUCCCGGUUGUUUGGACAGUGCUAACUAGCUAACGUAACUACUACUACAGGAACCGGUAAAGUUGUUAUGGAGACAAGCCGGGAAUCGUCCACCGAGAUUCAGACUAUUUACGCGUCUGUUUCUCCAAGAGUAAACCCAGACCUGAAGAAACUGGUGUCUUUUAAAGUUUACAAGAGGAGAUGGUUUGUGUUGCUGGUGCUGUGUUUGUUGAACUGCUCCAACGCGACGAUAUGGCUUACCUUUGCACCAGUAGCAGACCAGACUGCCCAGUACGUGGGGGGCACUCUGGAGGAUAUCAACUGGUUGUCCCUGGUCUACAUGGUGGUGGCCAUACCACUCAGCUUUGGGACCACCUGGAUGCUGGACACCUACGGGUUACGGCUCACGCUGGUCCUGGGCUCCUGGCUGAACAUGCUGGGAGCGACGCUGCGGCUUUUCAGCUUAAAUACGACUGACAAAUAUAAAAUCGAAUACGGAGCAAUGAUGCUGGGUCAGACCUUCGGAGCUCUUGCUCAGCCACUCAUCAUUUUCACCCCCACCAAGCUAGCAGCUCUGUGGUUCCCCGACCAUCAGCGGGCCACGGCAAACACGAUCGCCUCAAUGUCGAAUCCCCUGGGUGUCCUCCUCGCCAACAUCAUCUCUCCUGUGAUCGCAAAAACAUCUGACAAAAUCCCAAUGCUGCUGCUUGCCUAUGCUCUCCCAGCGUGCGUCAUCUGUUUCCUAGCAACAGUGGGGAUACGGAGCAGCGAGCCUCCCACAGCGCCGUCGUCCAGCGCCCUGUCUUCUGGAUCAGAACCGUUUAUACGGGGGCUCAAACUGUUACUGAGGAACAAAGCCUACCUCAUCCUGCUGCUGUGCUUCGGCUCGGGCAUCGCUGUCUUCACCUGCUUCUCCACGCUGCUGGAGCAGAUCCUGUGUGUGCAGGGAUACACCAACGACUUUGCUGGUUUGUGCGGCGCUCUCUUCAUCGUGUUCGGCAUUGUUGGUGCCGGCGCUCUGGGCGUCUACGUCGACAAGACAAAGAACUUCACAGAAGCCAUAAAGAUCAACAUGAGCUUAAGCACUCUGGCCUGCAUCGCAUUGUCAGUGGUGUCUCUGAUGCCACAUCAGAAACUGGCUAUUGCCAUCGUCAGCUCCCUCUUCGGCUUCUUUGGUUUCUCCGUCUACCCGGUGGCCAUGGAGCUGUCUGUGGAGUGUUCAUAUCCUGUUGGAGAGGCCACGUCCGCUGGGCUCAUCUUCAUAUCGGGGCAGGUUCAGUCAAUCCUCUACAUCGUCCUCCUGCAGGCAUUAACCCAACAGCCCACUGACUCUCCUCGGUCCACCUGCGGGGACACAUUCCUGAGAUGGAGAGUGCCCAUGAUGGUGAUGGCAGGACUGUGCGCUUUCUUCACCUGUUGCUUCGUCAUUUUCUUCCACACCAGCUACAGACGCCUGGAGGCUGAACAGGAAGCGACUUACAAGACCAAACAGCACAGCGAUGCAACCAGCAGAGAGCACACACCGAGCGUGGAGGCCUGAAGCUGCUGAUAACAAAAUAGCUUUUUUUUUGUUUAAAUCAAGACAUUCCUGUGCACUUUUAAUGUUUUGUUCAAUACUUGGGCCAAAAAUAUGUAAUGUGCAUGGUUUUUUUUAGCAGAAAAAAAAUUCUAACCACAAAUGUUAUAAUUGGAUUACUGUGAAUUUUACACCCAUUUUUUUACAAUUAAUCACUACCGAGUGUCAUUUUUACAAAUCACAGUCAUUGUGCGCAAUUUAUUUAACUGCGCAUUUUUAUUUAUAACUGACCUCAGCAACUAUUAAACCAGAAACAGCCUCAUACAUGAGGACAAAUUCCUAAAACUCCCCACCAUCAGCAAGAACUCUGGAUGCCCAGGAAGAGAAGCUAAAUCUUUAUACCAACUUCAAGACCAGUUGGCUUUACUGAGCUCUCAAACAGCUAUGAAAUGAGACGCUUCAGACCUCAACAUUUAGUUUUUGGUUCACAGAAAAUAACAUCCAGGUAGAUCAUUAACACAGGUGUGAAAGUGAAUAGAAUUAGGAGGAAAAACAAAGGUGCUGCGCUGCUUGCUGCCAAUUGAGAACACCAGCCUAGUCACACUUUCUUAGGAUUUUUUUUUUUUUUUACCAUUUAUUUUAUUCUGUAAUUUCUAUUAAAAAAGAAAAAAACAAAAUAUAACUUCAAGGCACAUACAUUAAAAAACAGUAAAAUCUACAGUAAUGAUCCAAUAGGGUCUGAAUCUGUGGAUAUAUCAAAUGUAGACACAUCCUCCCGUCUAUAACACACAUCAAAUCCAGUUAUUAGAAACAUCAAUGUUAAUGAUAAAAGGGCAACUCAAAUCAUCUCAUCUUCAUUCUAGUCAUUGAUUAUCUUCUAUAAAUUCACAGAAAGUAUUCCAGAUACUCUAAAAGUUGUCAGGCUUGUUUUUGAUGCUUUUUCUAAAGCUAAACAAGUCAUUCCCUUCAGCCAUUGUGCUGGUACAGGAUGAAUUUUUGGAUGUAGCUAAAUCUUCUGGAUAAAUAUUUAGUAAACAUAGUUUUGGGUUAAGAGGCACCUUUUCACCAACAAUUUAAAUUUUGUCAAAUUCUUCCAGGAGAACUAUAUUUUUGGGCAUUCCUGCAUGCAGUGGAAUAAAGAUUCUCUUUGAACAUUUAACGUAAGUAUCGGGAAUGUUGGGGUUGAAGUGGCGUAGCUUGGAUGGAGUAAUGUACAGGCUACUCAGCCAUUUAUACUGUAAUAAUUUAGAGUUUGUGUUUAUGGUUUGAGCCUGAGCCAAAACACAACUGUUAUAUUCUGCUACAAGUCUGCCCUCCAUGUUUGUAGUGUUGUGUGAGAUGGGGAAAUGGGGAAAAACUGAAGAUAAUUUGGCUGAUAUUUAUUAGCAUCAAGUCAUAUCAGAAGGAUAUUCCUAAAAAAGAGGUUGUGCUUGUUUGCAGAGUACAUAUGUGAAUUAAAGGGAAUAUUAAUUAGUUGUGCUUCUAUUGAAACCCAGGACGGAUCAAAAUAAAAUAUUCCUGCUCGACUUUGAGCUGCCCAGCUUUUAAGAUCUGAAGUUAAAUUUUAACCUGUUGAGCCUUAAAAAAUAUAAACACAGAAAAAUAACACUUUUGUACCACAAUUUUAAAAUGAGUUCAUUACUGCUGCUUACAAAUGGAGUUUUCUCAAGGAUUGUUAACAUGUUUUAAGACUCACGGAUGGAGUAAUUUGUGGGUUUUUUGCAAUAAAGGGAAUCAACUGUUUGUAUUGGAGUGACUGUUGCCAAAUAAUCUGAAUGUUUUACACGAUCAAAUCUGAUGUCUUCUUGUAUUAUUAGUAUAAAAAAUGAAGUUGUAGCUUAAAGCACAUUUACCUCAGAAUGUGAGGAAAUGUUUUAGCUCUGCUGCAGCUGAAACUUUUGUGAUUCUAGGGAUUAAAACCAUAGUUUCUGUUUUACGUUCAUGUCUUAAGAGAUUAUUAGAAGACUUUGGUCAGUGUAAUUAUGGUCAUUAUACUGGUGUGAAAUCACUGCAAAGCAGAUUGUUCAAACUGAAGUAAAUGUCAUUUAAAAAUAAAAUACUAAAAACUUGUUCAAGUUUCUGAUAUCCUUCAUAUCAGUGGCAGGGUCCACUGAUAGAAAUAAAAAUUAUUAAGGCUUUUGUAAUAUGUUUGUAUAGAUUCUCAGUCAUCCAGGCCAUGGUUAUCCUACGAGGUAGAAUAAAGGCACCUAAGCACU